GAAAUGUCUCUUCACUUUUCCCGCACAAAACAAUGUCACUCCCAACUUUCUUCCAUCCAUCUUCUUCCUCUCCGCCAGUUCAAUUCCGAUCAAAACUCCGUUCAGUGCUCCGAUUUUCAUGAACUCUCACCUCUAACCUCCGAAACCUCUCAAACUCAUUGCGCUUUGUAAUUUUAUCAACCUACAAUGGCUUCCAAGGACCCCGAGGAGACCGCCAACACGGCCACUGAGGAAGAAAGUUUGGCAUUCAAGAAGAAACGGGCACGGCGCGUGAGCUUUGCUGAUCGCGAGAUCACUUCAGUGCAUAUCUUUAAGAGAGACGAGGACUACGAGACGCCUCCCGAGCCCCAAACCACUCCCGAAGCUGCUCUUCCGGACAACGAGGUCCUAGGGUUCUUCAGGGACUUGGCUGAUAGCGACGAUUCCCGUGAAUCUUCACCUAAUUUGGAUGAUGACGUUCUUGGGCAGCGGAAAUCAUUUCUGAGACCGCUUGGAUCGCCGUCACCAGGGAGUAUUUCUGCCGGCUCUGCAACUUCCAAUGAUGAAGAAAAUUUUUUCGGGCCUGUAUCAGCGAGUUUCAUUAGACCUAUGCGGUUGUCUGAUUCUGCUGCCUCUGAUGACAAUCAUGAUGUCACAAUGGAUUCAACAGCAUUUUCAAUGCAUUUUCGUAGCCUUGCUGAAUCAGACUCGGGGAGGGAUCUCAAAACUCCUACGGCAAUUCGGUCUGGAUUUGAAGAUAGAACGCUAACCCAGAGUACCGUGCGUACUAACCCUGACAGUUUUAUGACAUUAACGAUGGCUGACAAAAUGAUUUCUCCAUCUUCACAAUCUGGUGAUGUGGUAAGAAGUAAAGAUUCUAAUGCAAUGAGUAUCGUGGGAGAGAACUCAGAGAAAUAUGAAUAUGGGAGAUUAUCUCCCUCUUUAGAUGCACUUUUGACCGAAGGAAGCAGGGAUCUCUAUGCUGUUUCGGUGGAUGAAAAAUUGUCCGAACAGAUUGAAACUCGUGAAGUUGAUCAGACUGGACAAGGCAACUAUGAUGAGGAGAUUUCUGAGAAAACUGAAAUGGGAAGCAAAAAAUACUUCAAACAUGGAGGUGAGGAAAGUAAUAGCCGCACACCCCAUAAAGCUUUUCAAUCCAAUGGUUUGUUACAAAGAAAUUUCUCAGAUGGGUGGGAUAAGGAAGAUGUUCUGAUGGAUAAGAGGCAUGAGACACCAAGAAGCAUUGAUUAUAAUCUGAAAGAUAUAUCUCCGCUAAAGAGACUCUUAUCUGCUGAGCAGAAAGUAUCUUUGUCUACUUUUAAUUCCCCUUCAUUUUCUGCUCUUGUGACUCCUAUCUCAAAGCUGUCAAAUUAUAAAUUGAGUACAGGGAGCAUGAAGUUUGGCAAGAUUCUGUUGUCCAAGCAGAUAAGUAUUUCCAAGUUCAGGCUUCCUGAAUCUUCUCCACAUGUUUCAAGUAAUGGAGAAGGAAAGGACAGAUUGAAAUCCAGACCAUCCAGUUACUCUUCUCUAGUUAACUUGAGUGGUCAAGCUGAUCGUAGCAAAGAUCCUGCACACAACAAAUACAUAGACAUUCCUGUUGUCCGUUUAGAAGAACAACUUACUAGAUCCCAUGGAAACAACAGUGAAUUUAAAAGUUCAUUUAGCACUUCUGGUAGUGGAUUCAAGACUACAAAAGAUUUUCCUAGGCUGAGCCAAAGUGAAGAGCCAAAAGGUUUAAUUGAGGCUGGAGAAACACCAGACCAUAUGGAUGUGGCUAACUUUUCCGACAAUCAACCCAGUGAGCAAGUUACAGAAGCCAAGUCACCUGUUCAAGCUGCCUGGACUGAGAACAAAGAUCUUAUGCCACAUAUCUUGAUGUCAGAAGAUCCUUUAUUGAGGUCAUCUACUAGUACUGAAAUUGAUGAUCUGACAAACAUUAGAGCCGAUGGCAGAGAACAAAAUAAUUCAACUAGUAUGCAUGAUACAAUUGUUUCAUCUCCUUCCAAAAGUUUAGAUGUGAGGUUAUCAGGAGCCACUGAAUGUUCAACUCGUUGCUUGGGUGAACUGAAUCAGCGUAACCAGCAAGUCAAGCAUGUUAGUGAUUGUCUGACUCAAGGUGGAGCUGCACCUGCACCUACUAGCAAUACCAGACCCAGUCCUUUGAAUCUGAUUGCUGACAACUUAAGAUCAUUGCAGUCCAAAAUUGGAACUGUGUCAACUUCACCACUUCUUAAAGGUUUGUCCUUGGUAGAUGGGGAUGAUAAUGGAGUUAACCUUUCAAAUCUUCACAAUAAUUCGGAAACCUUCAGCAACUUGCAACGUUCUUCGAGAAAUGGGAACAUUGUGAAUUCUCAUUUGGAAAGUCCUGCUAAGACCUCCAAGCUUGGUGCUUUUUCACCACAGUUUCAGAAGGCCUGGACAAGUGGACUAUCCAUUAUGCAGAGUCCCUUUACUGGAAUAUCGAACUACAGUCCCAGAAGGAUAAUUUCAACCCAGACAUCAUCAGGCAAGAAAGAGUCUAUGGUUGCUAUCUCUUGUGAGUCGUCUCUGAGUCCCAUCAAGAAUGAACAGUCUCAGAGUUCUGCAAGAAAAAGGCCAUUUCAAAGUCCCUUCAGGAAUGAUCCUUUUAAUGAAACAAAUGAUGAUGGGAUGUUUAUGAGAAAGGUUAUGGCUUCUCCAACAUCCAACUUGAGUGGAAAUAUUAAUCAGGAUAAUGAUCAAGAAAGCUGUGUAUUGGUGAGUUCUUCAAGUAAGGGCAAUCACAGCCAUUCUGGGAGCAAAAGAAGAAACAUUGACCCGAUGCCUCUUGAUAGGGAUCAUGAUGACAAUGAAAUAAUAGUAAGAAUUCGACAAAACCUAAAACUUAAUCAUAAUGGAAGUUGUGAUGUAGACUCUUUGGUAGAAGAGUUCAAUCAAAUGAGCGAUGGAAACAAGAGGAUCGAGGACAAUAGAAAUCAAGCAUUUAUGCAUUGGACGGAUAUGUCCAGAAAAAUUUUAGCAGAGAUAAAAGAUUUGCUACCCCCAUCAAUCAACAAACUGAACUCAAAAGCAAUAGAGAAGCUUGAAGAUACUUUGGUUCACCUUUUGAAGGUUAAAAAAUAUGAAUUGCUGUGUUCUGAAAUCCAAUCUCAGAAAGUAACCGAAAAUCUUGGAGGAAUGCAUAAAAGAGUUGAGGAAGCGAGGCCGUUGUUGUAUAAAGUAGCAUAUCAGAAGGCAAAGCUUCAAUUGGAGUUUGUAAAGCGUGAUUGGUAUCUGAAUAGAGCAAAAUCAUUGAGCUCUUAUAUUGAGAAUUUGCAAAUGUUGAAGUUGAAUUAUGAUCGCCUAACAGAUUGUGGUUCAAAGAGCAGUCAUGUUGAUGAUGGAAAUGGACUUUCGUGCCCAAUUGAUUCUGAGGCGUAUUGUGAAAGAGCUAACACAAUAAAGCAUGAAUCUGUAACUCUGGAUGCAAAGAUAAAGGCACUAAGCAAAUAUUUUUCAACAUACUGUAAGUUGAAAGGAAUGACCAGUUCAGUUGACAUCCUUGGAUCAGUUAUUGAUCAUCUAAGGAAGAGAAAGCUCUGCAGGUCUAUUUAUCAGGAUUUGCAGAUGUGGAAGGUAGAUGACUUUGAGAAAAAAAAUGAUCACUACACCAUACUUCUCAACUACCUUGGUUAUGCCUACCAAAGGAUUACAAUUAAAGCCAAUCCAUUCCCGAGUGUAACCAUCUUAAAUACAUUGAAUGAUACUCAUAUUGCGAAGAAUUUUCCAGAAAUGAAUGCUGGCAGUGCAUUUUCUUUUGUGUUAAAUGUUGAGAGGACGAGGAGGUGUAUUGCCUCCAGGCACUUCUCCAAAGAAACUCAAAUGAUGAGUUCUCUUCUACACAACCUGCUAGAUGUGAUUGAGGAAAUGCAGAUUGCUCAGAUAGAGAUUUCAAAUCUCGUCCUAAUAAAAUUUUACUCACCUUCAGACGAGCAGCUUGAUUUGCAACUUAGUUUCAUUAACUUCCAAAGUGGCUGGAAGGUAAAUCUGGUUCUGGACAUAUCAGAUUUGAGUCGAGGGAUUUACCCUUCUGAAGUUCUUCCACAUAAGGUUGAAUCUCCUGCUUCAACUCAGUACGCACUCUCAGAGUCGAUGUUAAAUGGCAUUAGAACUGCAGUUGAGAAUUUAGAUCCUGGGUAUUCGAGGAUUUUAAGAGUUUGUAGAUGUGUUUCGGAAGCUGUCCAAGGCUCAUCUAGUCGACAAUAGCAUUUUCUCAUUUGUCUGCAUGUUAGCUGGCAGUUCCAACAUGAUUGUAAAAUCUAGUCUUAUUAGCGGUCAGGUAUUUUUCCCUCGAAAAUACGCGGAGGAAUUGUAAUUUUGACUAACCUGUUGAACGAAUUUCUUUAUGAUGUCUUUAAGGUAACUGAAGCUUGUUAAUUUUACAAAAUACAUCUAAACUAUAAGCAAGCUCGAUGAUGAUAAUUACUGAGAUUAACCAAUCUUGGUUUCAUGACUUGGAUCUCUUUCGUUUUCUGUUAUGAGGGUCUCAUCUAAAAGUUGAAGGCCACCUAUGGAUGUUGGAAUAAUGAACUGCAGGAGGAUCAAGUUAAAGGCUUAAAGCUACCAGUGCACAGACUUCAUCAAACAUCAUCAUUCAAAAUUAGGUAAACAAUAAUGUUGAAGAGAAAAAGUAGAGGAAGAGGAGGAAGAGAAAGCACUUUUGCACACUUUUUGGGUUGGUGGGGUUGAAUGGCUUUGAUUGUUGAAUCUUUGAUGUCUUUUCUUCAUUUGCCAAGUAGUAGGCCCUUUGAUUCCUUCAUAUUAACAAUAUGUCUCUCUCUUUCUCUCUCCCCCUCUCUUUGAGCUUUGAAAAUUGAAGAUUAUAGCAUAGCAUCUAAAGAAACAGGGCUGUUUUUUAAUCAAUUGGUUUCUCAUUUGUCUUCUU